AUGACUGAAGCAGCUGGUCCGUGGUGGUCGGAUAGUGAUAGUGAUAGUGAUGGUAAUAAUUUAAGGAACAUAGCACCUAAUAGUACAAUUAGUAAUAUGGACGAAGUAGAAGAAAUUAGUGAUAGCUUUUGCUUUGCUUCGAAUUGGGAGCCAAGGAAAAACCCCAGCUGUGUUUGUAAGUGUCAGGCGAUGCCUAUAACUUAUGUUUGA